UAAAUAUGGAAAGUAGAACUGAGAUAAAACAAAUUUUAUAUGAAAUGAGAAGUAUUAAUCCAAAUUUUCAGGCCGUAUAUUUUUGACGGUAAGGAUUCACGGCUUGUGUGAACUAUCCAACAGAAGUCGCUUGUUAGAAGUGAAAAGAAGCUGGGUGCGAGAGGCAAGAGGAGAUUGCGGGAACGAGAAAGCAAAGCAAUUACUUCGCCUCUCCGUUUAAAUUGUUCAAGGAGUUUCGUUAUUAUACCUUUUUUUUGCGGGCGUUAAAAACGAUCGAGUCUGUACGGUCCGAUUAACUUUUCCCACGAUCAGUCGACAUUCGAUAAUUUUAUUUGAUCUUUUCUCUCGUAACUGUUCGCUCCGAACAUUGGCAAUUGUCAAUUAACCAGGCUCGUGCUUAAUAUCGUCAAGCGCAAGAAAAAGCGCCUAAAAUAAGAGGAAGAUGAGAAAUAUAUCUUGAUAAAAUAAAAACUGCUCAUUUUAAUUCGACAAAGAGAGCAAAGUUGAAGAAAAAAAAGUGAAAAUCGCAUUCACAUCAAUUUCUGCCAAACGUCUUUUCAAGAUGUCAACGAAAACUUUGGUUAACGACCCGAAAAACAAACACUGUUCACAGCGUUAUGUUGACAAAUCGCCUAGUAGAAUCUCGGGAUAUCGUCGUGCCGAAUAUUCGGAUUUACCAUACUUAGAACGUCUUCUACGUUCGACGACUUACGAAAUUUUUGGAGACGUAGAAUUGGAACGGCUCUACGAAACUUGCUGUCUCUUCGUGGUCCAAUAUAACGAGAGAAAUGAUAUCGUUUCGGGAAUAUGUCUCUGCAAUUAUCCCAAUGUUCCAUCUGUACCACCGUGCGAUUGGUUGACUUGGUUGAAAACAAUUUAUGGGAUCUUUUCUGCCACUGAAAGAAACACGAUGUUCGUACAUUUACUGGUGUGGGAUGAGCGUUACUCGAACAAUAAUUUCCUCAAGGAGCUAUUAUCCGCAACCUUCGACAUCACUAUUUAUUGCCAACACGUGAUCCUGGUGGUACCUCCUCGGGUUAUCCUAGGUGAUCCUUUCUGUCGAUCUAUGUCGGCGAAUCUCUUUCGAACGACUUUCGUGUCAUAUUUUUUUCCAGCGGAUAUGUUCGAACAAGAGAUGACUAGAAUUCUGGCUAAAUACGCGCGACGCACAGACGCGUUCCAAUUUUUAUAUUUAAGCGAACGGCAACGAUUACGUCCCAAAUUGAAGAUACGGAGAGUCGUCGAGGAAGACAACGACGAUAUAAGAAUGAUUAUUGAUAAUGAAAAUACACGUCUAAGAGAACUUUAUGGGGAAUAUUACGUCAGCGAGAUGAUUCGUAAUCCGAAUAGCUGUCGACAAUUAAUUAUCGGUGAAGAUAUCGAUGGCUCGGUGGCAGGUGUCAUGUGUCUCAACUGCACAAUCAAUGUUGAUCUGUUGAAUGAGAAUUUCGAGUUAACCCCGUAUAAUGGUUUAAGAAAAUCGCACGAAAAUGAUAAAACGCCGACUGACGUCGAAGCGACUGAUUCGAAUGAAUCGCUUCAAUCUUCUAAAUUUUCGCCGCAAUUUGAUCGGAAUUUGAAUGAUACGUCACGACUGAUCAAAAUAAUUCGGGAUGAAAGAAACUCCGAAAAAAAAGACGAUGCAAACAAGAUGAUGCAAACGCAACUCAUUCACGAUGUUCCAACAUAUCACGAUAAAAUAAAUGUCUUCGUUUUGGAAAUUUUUGCCACGCGCGAGGAGAUGAGGCCCCAUUGGUCCUACGAUUUGGAGGCUGCUUUUGAUUGUUUUCCGCAUUUAGAAUAUUGUGCGAUUGUCCUCCCUUUUUCGCAUCCGUACUAUCAGUUUCUUCAACAUUUUACGUGCGUACCAUUGAGAUGUAAUAAGGAUUUUCCAAUGACGUUAUACAUUGUACAUCGAGCGCUUCUUCACGAAGAAAUUAAGUGUCGUUGCGCCAAAAUACAAGACCGAAAAUCUAUACAGGAACUUUUAUUCGCUAUACCAAAACACAACGAAAUUUUGACUGACUUCGAUUUUGCGAUGGAUCCUUUGCAGCUCGACCUAAAUUGUUUCGUCUUCGAAUGCAACGAUACAAUGGUUGGACUCGCUAUAAUACGCGCCGAGAAGCAAAUUAAUUUAAUUAAAAAACAUUAUCAUAUAGAAGAUUACGUGUCCAUGCGGAGUAUUCCUCAAGAUAAUUACGGACACCUUUUGCAUUUUGUUCUCAUGCCGAUUUUCUCCGCUUACCAUCGCUUCUUUUUCCGCGAGAUUGCUCGUUUAAGCGAGUUAACGGUAAUCUUCUAUCGGCUUCAUCACGAAGAUGAGAGCGUCUUGACACGAAUGCAUCCUUUGGUGUCUUGUUUGGAUGAUAUGAUUCCAGUUAAUCCUCGUAGGCAAGCUGAAUAUAGAUUUCCCAUCAUUUCUGAAAAUCUUAAUAGCUGCGAAAAUAACGUAAUAAAUCAAGAGAAUGGCGAUGAUAACAACAGGUUCUCUUUAUUCGUUACGUCACCAAGAUUGGCAAUGAUGCCACGUGUAAUUAUUGAUAUGAGGAUCGUUAUUGUUGGAGCAUCGGAAUGUGGAAUUGCUUUCGCGGAAUAUCUUGCUUUACGGUCGAUGCAACAUUAUAUACAGUUUACAAAUGUCACAUUGAUAUCGCCACAUGGUAUACCUUUUGAUAAUAAACCAAAUCGUGCAGAAACAUGUCUACUUCCAUUCAAAGGAAAAUUUUGUUCAGAAUAUCGUCGCUGUAUGCCUGCGAGAGCUUGGAUUAAUAUUGUUUAUGGCAUUAUGACAAAGAUCCACAGGAAAGAUAAAUACGUAAGUGUAAUGAAUGAAGGAAAUAUCGCUUACGAUUAUUUGGUUCUAACAUGCGGCUUGCAAUAUCAAAAACCGAUAUUACACAGAAAAACAGAAACGGAAAAACAAGAGAUGAAUGCAGAAGGGACACCGUGGAAUUAUUUAACUAUAAACGAUGACACAGAAGCUUCUAAUUGUUUGAGAAAAAUUCGGUUGUUAACAAAGGAUCUCAAAGAAAAGAAAGCAAUAUUCUUUUAUGGAUGUAAUAUCGAUUGCUACUGCGCACUCGGCGGUUUAAUCAAGUUUGGUAUCAAACCUUCGUGGAUUACAUUAAUCAAGCCGAUCCUGAAUCCCUGCAACACGCACGACUUUUUUGACGAUUGCGAAGUGAACGAAGCAGUGAUGAAAGCUAUUUUGCAAGAUAAAGUUCAAGUUUUGUGCGAAUGGAACAUGAUCGAUUGGGUCCUGACAAAAGAUAAUGACGGGAAGCUGAUGAUCGACAGUGUCAUAAUCGAAAAGAAAGGCGAAAAAAGCAAAAUAGUUUGCGAUGCUCUGUUUAACUUCUACGAGAAAACGAUUAAUUUAAACGCAUUUUGGGCAAUUCGUCGUGCCGAUCUCGUUUUCGAUGGUCUGUUAGUGAUAGAUUCCGAGUUUCGCACGAACGAUCCGUUUAUUUUUGCCGCCGGUACCAUGACGAAAUAUUCCAAAAAGCUUUAUGCUAAAUCCUGGCGACACAAAUAUUAUAAUAGUGUGGAAGUCGGAGAGAGAGUUAGUGUAUAUAAUGUCAAUUAUAUAUUGAAAUGUUCGCGUUUUAUCUGCAUUUGUUUAUAUCCGAAGCUUGCUCAAAUUUUACGAAGAGUGAUCGAUAUUCAUCGUCGAGACGAGCAAGUUCCUGCUUUUUCGAAAGAGGAAAAUGUACACUUGACACUUCCGGUAUUCCGUGCACCCAUCGUAAUCGCUUGCAUUUUGCCGGGCAAUUAUUAUUAUUUGCAUGUACACAAACCCGGCAAGAAAAUUCGAGACCAGGUGACGAGUAGAGACAAUUUUUACGGAGAAGUGCUUGUGACUGGUUCUUGCACAUCCGAAAUUGGCUAUUUCCGUAUUAAAUUAAACGUGUACGACUCGGUGGAAACUAUAACUUGUAUUAAUAGAAAGAUAUUUCGAGUACAAAAUAUGAUCUCUUUGUAUGGAAAACACGAGAGUAUGUUAAACGAGUUGAAAUUCGGUUUUCGAAAUUCAUAUAUUGCGGAUUUUUACGCAUACUUUCGCGAACCUUGGGCUGAAGCGAUUUUUCAUGAUAAAUUUGAAUGCCUACGAGUUGAAAAUCGAGCUACUUUGCUGUCACAGACGGAUGCUUACGGCGAUUUCUUGAUCGAUGAUUGCAUGCACGCUUUAAUCAAAUCCAAAUGGAAAGAUAUAUCUGAAAAAGAUCGACGUUACAUCGAAUAUAAAUAUGCUGGCUCGAUUUAUCAUCGAAAACUCGAAGACAAUCUUUUAAAUUUUUUGGAAUUUCACGAAGAUGAUUUACCGAUGUAUUGCACACCGCAAAAACAACGCCAAAUGUAUGUGGACAUAGAAGAAAGUCCAUUAUAUUUCAAACAAUAAAACAUUUUUACGAAUUUAA